AUGUUCAAUUAAAAUGACUUUGACUCAAUAGAUUAUCUAGUAGCGUACGAUAAUAAAAUGCAUGAAAACCAGAAUUAUAGCAACUUGAAACCAGUAGACUAUUCCCUAAGACUUUAGCCUAGUUAAUCUAGCUAUUAAGCUUAUAGAGAUAAGAAUAACCUUGCUAUGGUAGGAGAAUAGAUACUUAUGGAUGGUAUUCCUCGUUUUGAAUAUGAUUACUCAGCUUAUAAUUCAAAAAUAAUCUAGCCAAAGGCUACAGGAAAAAUUGGUCAACAUUAUUUUGAUGGAGGAUUAAAAGAAACUGCCGAGGAGAUGAUAUAAAGAGAAUUGGAGAAUUGCUUAUUUAAUAUCAAGAAAACUAUGCGACGCAAUUAAGCCAAAGCAAAAGGCUUUGACAUACUUGAAAAAGAAAGAGACCCAACUUAUAUCAGCAAUGAACUAUAUGAAAAUGUUGUUUUUGACGACAUAUAUGAUAAACCAAAUCAGAAUUAUAGAAGGGUUUUUUAUGCUCCAGAACUAAAUGAAUAAGAGUUAAUUGAAAAUAAUACAGGCGAAGAAUUGAACUAUGAUUACGACAUUGAUGACUUUCUUCACAUACAGUAAGUGCAAGAUACAAAUAUUGAAAACAAGAUGAAAAGACAGAGCAUAUUAAAUAGAUUAAACAAGGAUAUUUAGAAACAAAUGGAAGAAUAAGAAAUGGCUGAAAGAGAAUAAAAUUAUUAAAUGGAAAAACAGUAGAAUAAAAGUGGAAUUUUGAAAAAAAAAGGGGAUCAAAAGAUAAAAAAGACUUUGAAAUUCGAUGAUUCGGUCAUUGAUAAAAAUGAAAGUAGUAUCGAUGAUGAAAGUGAUGGAGGUUUUGCGAAACAGUUAGAAAAUGGGAAAGUCAAAAUGUCAUUUAAAGAGUUUAUGGAUGCUUAGAAAGGAGGUGGAAAGCGCUAGACACAAAGCGCUAAAGCUUUAUCUAAUGGAAAGAUAUCUUCGUAAAUUGAUUAUGUUGAUGAGAUUGCAUCAAAUGAGCCUGUUUAUAACCCUACAGAUAUGCCUAAAAAGAUACCUAGAUGGAAGCUACAAUCAGAAGCUAUCAGAGCUUCAAUGAAGACUAGCUCAGCCUAUACUAAAGAGGAAAAUGAAUAAAUUGUAUCUGCUUUAAAUAAAACAGAUUUAGUAUAUUGCGAGUGCUGCAAAAGAAAAUUUAAACCAGGUCCUGCAGAAAAGCACAUUCCUUCCUGCAAAGAAAAAUUUGAAGAAAAACAAAGACAAUAUUAAUUUCAACAACAAAAGAAAAAGAGCAAAUCAAGCUCAAAGAUUUGA